AAUGGUCUGCACUCAACAUUGAAAAUUCAGUCAACCAUAUACAAGGGACAAGAGAAGAGGGACAAGCCUCAAGUCUCUGCUCUCAUCUAUAAAUCCUCCCUCUUCUCACCAUCUUGUGUAAAGUCAGACCCUUUCAGAUUCUCCCUCCAUUUCCAAAUACAAUGGACCUUCAAUUCCCAAAGCAGCAAAUACAAGUCUCAAUUGACAAUAAGGAGACAACUAGAAAAACAGUCAACAAAACCAAGUUUCUUGGAGUGAGACAGAGGCCUUCUGGCAAAUGGGUGGCAGAGAUCAAGAACACAACUCAGAAGAUCAGAAUGUGGCUGGGGACAUUUGAUACUGCUGAGGAAGCUGCCCGGGCUUAUGACGAGGCUGCCUGUCUGCUUCGUGGCUCCAACACGAGGACUAACUUUGUCGGCCAGAUUUCUCCUAGCUCAGCACUCUCUUUGAAGAUCAAGAAUCUUCUCAUUCAGAAGAAAAGCCAAAGGCAGAAGCAGCAGGGCCCUGGCACUCCGAAAAUCAUUCCAGUUGACAGGGGCUUAAAACAAGGUUCGCGGAUUUGUGAUGAUGCAUAUAAGCCUGAUCUAAGCAAUUUUACUGGAGGAUUUGAUGCUAGUAAUCCUCAGUUUGAUCAUUUAUCAUGUCAUAACAGGAUAUAUAAAGCAUUUGAUCAUGAGUAUUUUCCACAUCAAGAAAACGAAUUCAAGACGGAAACAAAUAGUUAUGUGAAUGAGAAUGAGACGAUGGAUUUUGAGAGGAUGAAGGUGGAAAGGCAGAUAUCAGCAUCACUAUAUGCGAUGAACGGGGUAAAUGAGUAUUGGGAUAAUAUUCAUGAUUGUACUUCUGAUGCUCUAUGGGAUCUUCAGUUGUUGUGUCAAAGCUGACUAUCUACCUCUCCUUGUGUUGCUUUCAUUAUCUGCAUUUAAUCGAAUGCAUUCUAAAAUAGAAACAUGUUUCUUGAGGGAGAUUAUGAGGCUGUUGUAUCCAUGAAAUUUUAUCAAACCAUCAGCCCUGUCAAGGUCCUGAAUUAAGUUAAAUUGCAAACGGAUAACAAAUUUAUAAACUGUCAAAUAUCGAAUAUCAAAUAUGAAGCGACACUGGUUUAGUUAGGCCAAACAAAACU